AUGGUUUCCUCAUUGGGAUCCCACAAACUCGCGCACCACACAUGCACCAAUGAAACAUUCAAAAUAUUGAAACAAACAUUGACCAGCAUGAACAACAUUGAAAAAAAAACAAAAGGUCUAACCCAAGAAGGAUCAUUCCAACAUUCAAAGGACAAUGGAUACUUGAUCACACCAGCGUUGGAUCCGAUGCCGAACGGAACUGUUGUUUUCAACUUCGACGGGAGAGAUUACAUGCAAGUUCCAAACGAAACGACAAUACAUGAAAAACGUGAAAGCAAAAAAAGAAAACGUGAUGAGAAUGACAGUCCAUACGAUACUCAUCACACAAAAGUUACAAACUUCCUCAACAGAUCCCCCAGUAAAUCCAAAUCGGAAGAGUCCUCGGAUGACGCUGUAAGUCAAAAUAACCGCAUGAGCGAGGACAUAAAAUCACUCAGCGAUAUUGAAAAAGAACAUGCUGAAUAUUUGAAAAUAGAAAUUGAGGAAUUCGAAAAAAGGCAACCUCACAUUACGAAAUCUUUCCAAGAAGUAGAAGAAGUAGAGGAAUUUUCCAUUUACUACGAUGGGGCUGCUAUUGAAUGGGCGCCAGAUAUAACAAUAGCUAUGAUAGAAGAAGAUCCAGAUCAAGGAAUGGAAGACUUCCUCGUUACGAUUCCUCCUCCAGCGACGAUGAAUGCAACAGAAGACGAUCAAGAAGUCCCUACUGUGACCGCUGUGACUUUGAUUAUGAGGGAAAAAAAUCUAGAUUUCGAGCCAGGGAAAGGAGUGUUCAUUGUUAUCAAUCUCGGCCCAGUGAACGUCAAAGAGAAGACGACCGGGCUGAUUAUUACCAUUCAUCUGGAGAUAGAAAUCGACACGAUUCUCGAGGAAGAUAUGCGAAAAGUUCUCGUGACGAAAAGUACUCUAAUUACUAUCAAAGAACUUCUUACAAACAAGGCACAAAGAGAAAACGCUCUCAAGAAAGUUAUAUGGCCAAAGCAAGUUCCAAACGAAACGACAAUACGUGAAAAACGUGAAAGCAAAAAAAGAAAACGUGAUGAGAAUGACAGUCCAUACGAUACUCAUCACACAAAAGUUACAAACUUCCUCAACAGAUCCCCCAGUAAAUCCAAAUCGGAAGAGUCCUCGGAUGACGCUGUAAGUCAAAAUAACCGCAUGAGCGAGGACAUAAAAUCACUCAGCGAUAUUGAAAAAGAACAUGCUGAAUAUUUGAAAAUAGAAAUUGAGGAAUUCAAAAAAAGGCAACCACACAUUACGAAGUACGUGAUGAUUUUCUCACCGCAAACUUCAAAAAUGAAGCCUAGGUCGGCGUUGGUUAGCGUCUGCUUCAUCUGGCUGAUACCUCUACUGAUUUUCGUACCCUGGGUUGAUGUGUACAUUGAGAAGAUCCACACGAUAAAUAUUAGUCGAUUUGGUGGUGUAUCAAUACUUUGUACAACUUUGGCAGCCCAAUUCAUCAGCCUUUGA